AUGUCGAGUUGUCAAGACAAUGAAGUUCUGAGGAGAGUUAUAGAGAACCACAAAGCCAGUCUGAAGAGGAGGUUUGAGAACAUAUCUGAAGGCAUCAUCAAACCAGGAGCUGAGAUACUCCUCAAUAAUAUCUACACAGAGCUCUACAUUACAGAGGGGGAGAGUGAAGGUGUGAAUCAGGAACAUGAGGUUUGGCAAGUAGAGUCAGCAUCCAGGGCACAAACCACAGAAGACACACCAAUCAACUGCAAUGACAUCUUCAAGCCCUUACCUGGACAGAGGGACAUACAAACUGUAAUGACCAAAGGUGUUGCUGGCAUUGGAAAAACAGUCUCAGUGCAGAAGUUCAUUCUUGACUGGACAGAUGGGGUAGCUAAUCAGGAUGUAGAUUUCAUAAUUCCACUGUCUUUCCGUGGACUGAAUUUGGUCAGGGGUGAUCAGUAUAGUCUUCACAGGCUCCUGCUCGACUUCCACCCUGAGUUGAAGGAGCUGAAUGAUGAAAGAUACAAAGACUGUCGGUUUGUGUUCAUCUUGGAUGGUUUGGAUGAGAGUAGAAUAUUUCUACAUUUUCAAUCGGACAUGUUCUUGACUGGUGUGAAUCAUACAACAUCUUUGGAUGUUCUGCUGAUAAGUCUCAUUCAGAGAAAUCUGCUUCCCUCUGCACUCAUCUGGAUAACCUCACGACCAGCAGCCGCCAGUCAGAUUCCUGCUAAGUAUAUUGACCAGGUAACAGAAGUACGGGGAUUCAAUGGCCCACAGAAGGAGGAGUACUUCAGGAAGAGAAUCAGUGAUGAGGAUCAGGCCAACAGAAUCAUCUCACACAUUAAGGCAUCCAGGAGUCUCCACAUCAUGUGCCACAUUCCAGUCUUCUGUUGGAUUGCAGCCACUGUACUUCAGCAGAUGCUGGAACAGAAUAACACCCAGGAAAUUCCCAAAACUCUUACUGAGAUGUUCAUUCACUUCUUGCUCAUCCAGACCAUUCGAAAGGACCAGAAGUAUCAAAGUGGGACACAUACAAAUACAGAACAAAUCCUUGAUUCACAUGAUGUUAUUCUGAAGUUGGCGAAGUUGGCUUUCAAGAAUCUACACAAUGGUAAUGUCAUGUUUUAUGAGGAAGACCUGAGAGAGUGCGGCAUUGAUGUCACUGAAGCCUCAGUGUACUCUGGUAUGUGCACUGAAAUCUUUAAAGAAGAAUCUGUGUUUCACCAGACGAAGGUCUACUGUUUUGUACAUCUCAGCAUCCAGGAGUUUCUGGCAGCACUUCAUGUCUUUGUCUCCUACAGCAAUCAGAUGGAGACCUUGGGGACAUUUUUCUGCUUGGAAGAGUCACUCAAGCUGGCAGUAACCAAUGUUUUGGAAAGCAGGACUGGACACUUGGACCUUUUCCUCCGCUUUCUUAUGGGAAUAUUACUGGAGAAAAACCAAAGACUUUUGGGAGGUCUUCUGAACCGUACACACGACAGCUCAGAGAGCAUCAAGCAAAUCUGUCAGCACAUUAAGGAGCUCAAUAAGGAGAAUCUCUCUCCUGAAAGAUGCAUCAGUCUUCUGCAGUGCUUAUCUGAAGUGAACGAUCAUUCCAUCAAUGGAGAAAUUCAGCAGUACCUGAAAUCGCCAAAUGGCUUCCAGAAGAAAUUGUCUCCUGCCCACUGUUCAGCACUGGCCCACAUGCUUCUGAUGUCUGAGGAGGUACUGGAUGAGUUUGACCUGAAGAAAUACAACACAUCCGAUGAGGGACGCAGGAGACUGAUCCCAGCUCUGGCAUGUUUCAGAGAGGCAAGGCUUGUUGGGUGUAAACUGAACACGACGUCUUGUGAAACAGUGAAGAGAUCUCUGCAGUCUGCUAACUCCUUGGCACAGCUGGAUCUGAGUUGCAAUGCCUUUGGAGAUUCUGGACUUCAGCUUCUUUCUGCGGCAAUAAUACAUCUCCGCAGUACUCUGAAAAUAUUGAGACUUGAAGACUGCGAUCUCAGUAGUGAGUCCAGCAGUAUUGUGGCCAGUGUUGUACAGUCAGCCAACUCCCUGAUGGAACUGGACCUGAGUCACAAUGAAUUUGGAGAUUCUGGAGUUCAGCUUCUCUCCAGGGAACUGGCCAGCCCUGACUGUAAACUGCAGAUUUUGAGGCUGUCUGGUUGUCUUAUCUCAGAGAAAGGCUGUGCAUUUUUGGCUUCAGCUCUGACUUCAAAUCCCUCUCAUCUAAAAAAGCUGGAUCUGAGCUACAAUCAUCCUGGAGAAUCAGGACUGAAGCUGUUAUCUGCUAAACUGGAGGAUCCUUACUGUAAACUGGAGACACUUGAUACGGACCACAGUGCAGAAAUCAGACUCAGACCAGGUGUGCGGAAAUAUGCCUGUGAGCUCACUCUUGACCCAAACACGGCCAAUAACAAACUCGUUCUCUCCGAGGACAACAAAAAGGUGACAUGUGUGAGCGAAGAGCAGCUGUAUCCUGCCCACCCAGAGAGAUUUGAUGACUGGCUUCAGAUGUUGUGUAAAGAAGGUCUGUCUGGACGCUGCUACUGGGAGGCUGAGUGGAGUGGGGAUGGAGCUCGUAUAGCCGUGGCCUAUAAGAGCAUCAAGAGGAAACUGCGUAAUAAUGACAGCUUGGUGGGGCGCAAUGCCAAGUCCUGGACUCUGGACUGUUCUCCGGACAGCUACUCUGCCUGGCACAAUGAUGAUCGCACUAUGAUACCUGCCCCCUCCUCCGGCUCCAGAAGAGUAGGAGUGUACUUGGACUGGCCAGCCGGCACUCUGUCAUUCUACAGUGUCUCCUCUGACACACUCACCCACCUGCACACGUUCCACUCCACAUUCACUGAGCCCAUUUGUCCAGGGUUUAGGAUUACAUAUAUUGACUCCUCAGCAUGCCUUUGCCAUAUCACUUGACUUAAAGAGAAACUAUGCAGGAUUGGCGAUUUCAUCUCCGGUUUCGGUUUCGUUUUUCGUUUUCGCUCGUUUUAUGCUUGCAUAUUUCUCUGCAGAGCUUCCCCGACAGCUUUAGCGUGUACAUUUAUACAUAUAUAGGCUAUAUAUAAAUAUAUAAAUUGCAAGCAUGGUUCUUCUUGUUCCUUACGCGUCUCUGACUUCCAGAUGUAAACAGCAGACGAUCGUUCAUCAGAAAGUUGCAAGGUUGUAAUAGCGGAUAGGGACACUAGGGGCGGGAGGAAAUGUGACUGUUUUCGAUAAAACUGGUCAGUCAAGCAAAACAACGAUUUCUAAGCGAUUUUAUGACUAUGAAAAAGUUGCAUAGGGUCUCUUUAACAGUGCACAAAAAACACCUUAUAUCCUCCUGUUUACAGUGCCCUCCAGACUUGUUGGCAACCCUGGUAAACUUGACUAAAACAGGUAUUUAAAAAUAAUCAUCUUCUGGUGAUUUAUUGUAAUCUCACAAUGAAAACAAUGAGGAAAAACCCAAUCUUGAAAGGAAGCAAAUUGUUAUAUAUUACAAUUGUAUUCAUUUAGUGGUUACUUGGCUACACUAUAAAGGGGACUGGGCAGAGGGAAGAGGCCGCCGCUCCUAAUUCACACCCAAGGUGCUUGUCCUCUUGCUGUGGGCCGUGCGUUUUUCUGUAGGCCAUGUGGUGAUUUCGUUUAGUGAUUUGAACUAGCAAAGACAAAGUAUUAUGCCAUGUAAUGGAUGUUCAUUUCUAUAAUGUUCAAUCAGGCAGCAGAGUCGACUCGUGGGAGAGUGGUAUCGUAUGCUUUCUUUGUUCCAAUUUGCCUUCUUACUGUAAUGCUGCACCAGCAGUCUGCAGCCAGCCUAAGGGGUACACUGACUGACUAUAAUCAUUAAUGCAAUUUCGCCACCUACUGGUGAAUCCAUAGGACACAACAAAUCCUAUGGUUUGUGUACCCUACAGACUUGUUUUGGCCGCCGUGUGAAUAAGGUGAAUUAAUACUGCCGCUUAUGCAAUAGCAUAACCAAAGGGCGCCGUGUAUUAAGCUGGUGAGUAGACGGUAGUAUAACCAGAGGGUGCCGUGUAUUAACCAGUCAGUAGAAGGGUAUAUUCAUCUUGUUAUUGGGUCCAUAGGGCUAUUGUCCAUCUGUUAGUGCAGGCUUACAUCUACAGUAGCCUAUGGCUUGCACCGUUACAUUACACCAGUACAUUAGCUGAACCAUACAAACUGUGACACGGGGAACAUUUAUUUUCUUGCUGAUUUUGCGGUCCCGUGCAUCAUUUAGUAACCACUGUUUGUUUUAGAUAUGUGCUUUACGUACAGUAUAAUGUAUGUGCAUAUGUUUUUUUUUCAUUUGUUUGUUUUAGAUACAUGUAUAUGCUUUAUGAAUAUUUAUAUAUAUUUAUAUUUAUACUGGUUGUUUAAGACAUAUGUUUUAUGAAAUGUAUACUGUAUGUAUGUUUAUUUAUUUAGUUUGUUUACAAACUGCUCAAUGGUUCGAUUUGUGUAAUCUGGCCAGCUACACAUGUGGUAUAGUAGUUAGUUGUAUUGGAUGUGCAGGUUGGCUAGCUAGUUAGCAUUUUCUCUUCCGUUUCCAUUUUGUUUGUCACAUUCUUUGUUAUUACUAGCCAGCCCAGAACCAGCUGCAGGGGAGGCUGGGUUACUGGUACACUUCCACUGUGUACUGUGGGGCUUUUCCUGUGAUGAAUGUGAGUUGUGCAGUGUGCUAAUGAGAUCAGACGAGCCCGAUAUGAUAUCAUAGGUCACUGAGUAUGAGUAUUCAAUGGCGUGGUGUGCAAUCUAUUCAGUUGCCCUCAUUUGCUUGUUGAUCAUUGGAGUCUCUACAGCUCCUCUCAUAGCACUACUUACAACAACUAAGUCUUGCUGAUCCUACAGUCAUAGU